AGGGGCCCACAGGGCCCAGAAGGGUAUAAAGGGCCAGAUGGAAGGGGGGCCAGGCACCAUAAGAAUUCCCAGUGCAAGGACCAGGCCACAAGACCCUCCAGGCCAGGGGCUUUUGACUCCCCAGCUAGAAACCAUGCUGCUGUGGCUGACCCUCGCCCUCCUGUGGAGCAGCACCUGCUGGGCAGAUGAGACGUUUGGUCCCGGAGGAGGCACAUAUUUCAUGAUCUCCAAAAACAAUGAAGAUGAAUUAACUGGGAUUCGGGUGUUUAUAGGUCCUGUGGGACUAAUCAAGAGCAUCCAGGUAAGGUAUGGCUCCUCCUGGAGUGAAAAAUACGGAAUCCCAGGUGGGAAGUCCUAUGAACUCCUCCUGCAGCCAGGUGAACACAUUACAAGAAUCUUUGGAAGGUACAGGAAAUUCAUCCAGCGCCUGACCAUAUACACCAGCCGAGGAAACAAGACCUCAUUUGGAAAGGAAGUUGGCAAGGGCUUCUUUGCCACCCCCAGUCAGAACAGGAAGGUGCUCAUUGGAGUCUAUGGGCAGUACCGCCUCUAUGGCCUCACGAGCAUUGGCUUCCUGUGGGACUACCCUUGAGGUGGGAUGACCUCUGCUCAACACAAGUCACUCUCUUCCGAAGAAUGAGUGUUCUUGGGUCCCUAGGGCUUAGGUACAUGUGACCUUGCGGAGGCCACCUGGAUGGUGAUGAGUACUUGGCCCUGGGUAUCUGAGUUGCAACCCUGAAUCAGAAUCCUCCAAUAAAUGAAGCUUCUGCUGGAACAGUGUAUCCAGGCAUGGUCCUUGAGUCUGGGAUAUGAACAGAGCCUUCUGAGCUUGUGGGGGGUGAGGCCUCUGGGGUGGAGCUCACUGAGCAGAGCUUCAGGAUAAGGCAGGUGAUGGGUCUGAUGUCUCUGUGAUUCUGCCCAGGAUGAAGGACUUGUCUGUGCAGUCCUUGGGUUGAUCCCAUAAUCCAUAAAGUUUUGGGGCUCCAAGCCCUACUCAUUGCUUGAAGCCCACCCAGGUGGCCUCUGCUGCCCAGGCUCAAUUCCAGGAUUCUCUGAGUAUGCAAAAGGCCUCGAGGAAACCACUCAUUCAUUAAUUACCCAUUCAGUCCCUCACAAUACAUUUGCCCAGACCUGGCCCACAAUAGGCUUUCUGGACACUGGAAGAAUGAAGAAUGGUCCAGGUGCUCAGAUGGAGGCAUAUCAUGGGGAAAGGAUGCAGAAGCAGAUGGUGCCAGUUGGUUGUGGCAUCUGUGUUGAUAGUGACAGAUACGGGGUUUUGUUCAUAGGCACCAGCCAUAAAGC